AUGGGCAUCGUGGAAAGCAGACUAUUGGCAGAACGCGUUCUUUUUGCUCGCGAUAAAGCUGCAGAAGAGGGAAAUAGCCGAAUUGAUAUAUCUCAAUUCUGGAAAGACAAUGUGAGCUUCCUUCAUAUUGAUAUUGAUCCUCUAUCCCUUCUCCGGCCUGUACGGGGUGUAGUCUAUCCACAAACCAGAGCUCUGGUUCUUUGGAAAGAUAAGACUACAACCCUUGAGGGAAGAGCCUUCAUUCGUCGUAUUCUUCAAAAAGGCGACUACGCAAUCUAUCAAAAGGCCGAGGAAAUGGAAAGAGAAUAUCGGAAAUUAUAUGGUGACUUUAGCGAACAGGUGGUUAGUGAAGGAGAUAAAAGUAGUGAGAGUGACAAUACCAGCGAUAGCGAGAAUGAUGACAGCGACCCCAAUAGCGACACUGAUAGCGAUAAUGGGGAGAAAAGAGACUAUUAUAGAAAGAAGAAACACACUUCAUCGAAUGAGCGGCCUCGACGCCAUGGUAACAAGAAGGAAAAGCCCAAGAAGACAUACAGCGAGCCACCUCGAAGCCAUCAUGGUAAGAGGGAAAGAUCCCAGAGAAUGUAUAGCGAGCCCCUUCCGAGCCGUCGUCAGAGCCAGGAAACCAAGGAUCAGAUUCUCAUGCUUGAGCAACAACUUAAAAAGCUCAAGAAUAAGGGGAAAGCUCCGAGAUAA